CAGACAGUGCCUUACGCGUGGUUAGUGUGCAGAGCACAACAGUCCGUUGUCCAGGGCAUGAGGGCGACUGACCAUUCAUAAACAGACAGGGCAGACAGACAACAGGGAAUAAUGGUCUCCAGUUACUCCUCAUAGACAACCACCUUGCUGUUCUGUGCAUGUUUUACCCAGCCAGUCGCUGUCUGAGUUGACAGAGCAUCGACCAUUCGCUUUUAGUGUCAAUCUUCUUUCCAUAUUUUAUUUUCAUCCAUCUCUUCUUCACCAUGGGGUGUUCUUCGUCCAGCGCACAGACUGUCGAUCAGGAGAAGAGACCGGGGACAAAACCCGAGGAGGCCAAUGGAGACACAUUUGUUGUCAGGAAUGGUCACAUCUCGGAGGACACAGAGACCAUCGCUGACCAGAUGCAGCUUCCUGUCCAGAGUGCCCUGCCAGAUGACUUCCUGCCAGGGGGCUGUGAAGACUCUGAGGAACCCGUCAUCAUGGCCUCAGAGGCCCUGGAGACCAUGGGGUCUGGAUGGGAGGAGGACCAGCUCCUGGUGGUGCUGUCUGCAGCCGAGCCAGAGGUUCCCCCUGAAGCCCCUUCAGAGGCUGUGGCCCCGGUAGAGGCUGUGGCCCCGGUAGAGGCUGUGGCCCCAGUGGAGGUGGCGACCCCUAUUGAGCCUGUCGUAGUUGAGGCCACUCCUGUGGCAGAGGCUCCUGCUAAGACAGUGGUGUCUGAGGAGGCCCCUGUUGUUGAAGCUGGAGCUGCAGUUGAGGUGGCUACUCCCAUUGAGGUUGUUGCCCCAGUCGAGGUAGCUGCCCCAACUGAGGAGGCUGAAACUGUCCCAGAGCCAGUAACCCCUGCUGCUGAGCCUGUGACCGCUGUCCCUGAGGGGACCCCUGCUGCUGAGCCUGUGACCGCUGUCCCUGAGGGGACCCCUGCUGCUGAGCCUGUGACCGCUGUCCCUGAGGGGGCCCCUGCUGUGGGGGCCCCUGCUGUGGAGGCCCCUGCACCCAGUGGCCCCAUAACUGACCUUGUUGUUGCGGCUGAGCCUGAAGCAGAGCCAGUAGCCACCCCUGUGGCUGUGGAGGACCCUGUAGCAGUAGAGGCCCCAGGACCAGUAGAGGCCCCAGGACCAGUAGAGGCCCCAGGACCAGUAGAGGCCCCAGGACCAGUAGAGGCCCCAGGACCAGUAGAGGCCCCUGGACCAGUAGAGGCCCCUGGACCAGUAGAGGCCCCUGGACCAGUAGAGGCCCCAGGACCAGUAGAGGCCCCAGGACCAGUAGAGGCCCCAGGUGUUCCAGUGGUUGUGUCUGAGGUGGCACAGCAAGCAGCAGCCUUGGUGUUGGCUGGAGUGGCACAGGAAGCAGCAGCCUUGGUGUUGGCUGGAGUGGCACAGGAAGCAGAGAAAGACAAAAAGGAGGGCUCAAACUGAGGAGGCCCCUGUGGCCAGGGAAACAAAAUAUUAUUGGACAAAACCUCAGUUUUUCCAUGCAGAGAAGAUCUGUAGAGAGGACGCACAACCCCAAAGACCAUGAACUUCUGGAAAACACACCCAUCUGCCACAACAAUGGCAGACCAGAUACACAGAUAUUACUGUCAGGGUCCAAAAUGGCACCCUAUUCCCUGAUUAGGGAAUAAUAUCAUCUCUAUAUGGGGAAUAAUAUCAUCUCUAUAUAGGGAAUAAUAUCAUCUCUGUAUAGGGAAUAGGGUGUCAUUUCAGACGUAGCCUAAGUCUUUACACCACAGUGCCUUCCCCAUCCUGGAAAUCUGGAUGGAUCACUUUUCUUCCUCUAUUUGGAAAUACAAUUGUUAAAGAGAACUCCCAAUUACCUGGAGCCACCUGGGCUUCCAACUGAACUCUCUGACUCCCAAUUACCUGGAGCCACCUGGGCUUCCAACUGAACUCUCUGACUCCCAAUUACCUGGAGCCACCUGGGCUUCCAACUGAACUCUCUGACUCUCUCUGACAGACAGCUGUGGUGAAGCCAAAUGAUGCACUACUUUAGCAACAACUGUGAACUUCAGGUUCAGACCACAUUGUCACUUUAACAUGGUCAAUGUGGAGUCAACAUUGUGUUGAACAGCUUCUCGUGGGAGAAUGUUCCAUAAUAAAUACUACUGGACUUUUA